CGACCCCGCCGGCCCCGAGGAGCCCGCGCGGCGUCCGCCAGGCCCGCCGGCGCCAUGAGUGAACAGAGUAUCUGUCAGGCAAGAGCUGCUGUGAUGGUUUAUGAUGAUGCCAAUAAGAAGUGGGUGCCAGCUGGUGGCUCAACUGGGUUCAGCAGAGUUCAUAUCUAUCACCAUACAGGCAACAACACAUUCAGAGUGGUGGGCAGGAAGAUCCAGGACCAUCAGGUGGUGAUCAACUGCGCCAUCCCCAAAGGGCUGAAGUAUAAUCAGGCGACGCAGACCUUCCACCAGUGGAGGGAUGCCAGGCAGGUGUACGGCCUUAACUUUGGCAGCAAGGAGGAUGCCAAUGUCUUCGCAAGUGCUAUGAUGCAUGCCUUAGAAGUGCUGAACUCACAGGAGGCAGCCCAGAGCAAAGUUACUGCUACCCAGGACAGCUCUAAUUUGCGAUGUAUUUUCUGUGGGCCAACAUUGCCUAGACAAAAUUCACAACUGCCUGCUCAAGUUCAAAAUGGCCCAUCCCAAGAAGAGUUGGAAAUCCAAAGAAGGCAACUGCAAGAACAGCAACGUCAGAAGGAGCUGGAGAGGGACAGGCUGGAGAGAGAAAGAAUGGAGAGGGAAAGACUGGAGAGAGAGAGGCUGGAGAGAGACAGGCUGGAGAGGGAGCGGCUGGAGCAGCUGGAACGGGAGCGGCUGGAGCAGCGGGAGCAGGUGGAAUGGGAGCGAGAGCGCAGAGUGUCGAGUGCCGCCACCCCUGCCUCUGUGGAGAGCCCUGUAAACUCUGAGCUGGGAGACCCCUCUGCUGCAGAGCCAGGCUUGCAGGCAGCCUCUCAGCCGGCCGAGGCUCCAGCCCCGCAGGGUGUUAUUGUGGGACCACCUGCACCUCCACCUCCUCCACCACUCCCUCCAGGUCCAGCCCAGGCCUCUGUACUCCCUCCUCCCCCAGGACCGCCUCCUCCACCCCCACUGCCAUCCUCUGGCCCUCCUCCCCCUCCACCCCCACCCCCUCUUCCCAAUCAAGCCCCUCCCCCUCCUGUACCACCUCCUGCCCCUCCCCUUCCUGCAUCUGGAUUUUUUUCGGGAUCCUUAUCAGAAGACAAUCGUCCUUUAACUGGACUUGCAGCUGCGAUUGCUGGAGCCAAGCUUAGGAAAGUGUCACGGGUGGAAGAUGCCUCUUUGCCGGGCGGAGGGACGGCCACUGGUGUGAACCCCGCCUCAGCUAAAACAGACUUGGGUCGUGGGAAUGGACCCGUUCCCUUGGCAGGUAGCGGCUUAAUGGAGGAGAUGAGCGCGCUGCUGGCCAGGAGGAGAAGAAUUGCUGAAAAGGGAUCAACAAUAGAAGCAGAAAAUGAAGAGUCAGAACCUGUAACUUCUAAGGUCUCAUCAACAAGUACACCUGAACCAACGAGGAAACCUUGGGAAAGAACAAAUGCAAUGAACGGCAGCAAAUCACCCGUCAUCUCCAGACCUAAGUCCACACCCUUGUCCCAGCCCAGUGCCAACGGGGUCCAGACGGAAAGCCUUGACUGCGACAGACUGAAGCAGGAUAUUUUAGAUGAGAUGAGAAAAGAACUAACCAAGCUGAAAGAGGAGCUCAUUGAUGCAAUCAGGCAGGAGCUGAGCAAGUCAAAUACUGCAUAGAGAAGCAAAUUAAGCAGAGAUAAGACUUGAAUCUGGAGAAAAACAAAAAUUCCUACAAACAACUGUCAACAUCACCCCUUCAGUUAAGAGCUAUCAGAAGAAAGUGGAAACAGAGCCGAGGGGCAGUGGGCAUCCUCGGAAACCUUCUUGAGUUGUGACUCUGGCGAUCAUCUGUUUUCCUCUCGGUUUGCUGCUGCUUUGACCUUUACUACAGGAUGAAAAGAGAGUUAUGUAUGAGUUUCCAUAACAUUUAUGCAGAAAAUAUAAACCCAUCAGGCAAGAUCGCCAUGCACUGAGAUAUUUUCACAUUGAAAUAAAACCACACACUUCCCACAACCCACUGCUAAAAUAAAGAGGAGAAAGGCUCAUGAAGUUCUCCCCCCUCCCCGUCCCCCCUCUCCUCCCCGGGUGCUGAGGAAUUUAGCAAGCUCUGCUUUUGUAUUGCAAAUGUCUCUCUCAGGUUUGUCUUCCUAUCAUUUUUUUGGUAUUCCAUGACUAAUUGAGAUCAGCGUUGUGUAGGUUUAGAUCUUAAGAUGAGGAACAAAUGGAAUUGUAUAUGUUUUCAAAGGAUGACAUUUACAAGAAAGUGUCUGAAGAUGACCGGGUCCGUCGUGAGGGAUUGUAGAGUGAUAGGAAGUCCAAGUUAGCCUUCAUGCAAUUUUGUAGUUUAAACAACAUAAAUUCGCCAAGAAUUUACAGAUUUAGAUGCCUUCCUAAAUUGUUACAAUGCUUUACCAAAUCUAUGACUUCUAUAUAAAACCAGUGGUCAAAUGUACAACAAUAUAUUGUAGAUUUACUGUAGCUUUUCAACCUUUUUUAGACUUCUGCAUGUGGACAUUUUUAUAAUGUAAUAAGUCACCGCAGUUAGCUUUUUUAAUUGCAGAGGGUGAAGCAUGUCAUGCUCGUGUAGAGGCCUCUCCUAGACCUGGUCCCGGGGAAGACAUUUUGUAGAGUGUAGAGAGGGAGGAAGGGAAGGAAUAAUUUUUUAUUUAAUUUCUGCACUAUUGUUGUUUUUUUUUUCUCUCAAUUGCCUGCAUGACUAAUAAUGAAAAGUAUUUUGUGACUUUGAUUGGUAAAUACGUUAACACAACCAAGUACUUAAUCUUUUUGUCAUGUCUUCAGCGGUUUGUAUUUUAAACGGUAAUUUCAAUGGUCUGAAGCAUGAUUGUGAGCUUCACGUGGAUUCUACCUUACUGUGGAACUCGAGGUUGGGUGGCUGUGUGGGGCUCUCCCGGGCCCCGCAGCCUGCGGUGUGCAGGCACCCGUGCCUGGGUGCAGACUGCUUCUGAACUUCCACACUGCUACCUUGAGCACAGCCAGGGACAGUGACAGCACCGGUUAAGGUCACAGAAACGGCCGGGCGGCUUUGCCGCGGAGGGAGGGAGAGAGAGGGCCUGCCUGUUGUCACAACAGCUUUUGGCAGAUUUAGGGAGUCGGAAGCCCCCAGGCUCUCCACAUCAACACACGCUUGAGUUGUUACGUGCCAUAUUUGCUUCGAAAGCUUUAGCCGACCUUUAGCUAAAAUGUUGAAGAAACGGCCCGUUUUGAUCUAUUCUCCUGAUAGCACACGUGUCCUCAGCUGGCUCAGCACAGUUUCCCGAAAGCCUGCCGCUGGUUAACAGCCAGCACCACACAAAGACGUUGAAUGGAAGAAAGGUUUUCCACUGUUAAAAUCUGUAGAAAGGUACUUCUUAGACUAAACUGUGAUGGAUGAGCUAUUCUGAUGCAAACAUAGCUUUUUUUUCUAUUAUUCAUCACAUGCAGUAGUAGUGAAGGCUUUGAAGAUGCAGUAUGCUUUUAAAUUACUGUUGUCUAAAAGAAAUAGGCAGUUUUCUCUUUAAUGGUGUGCUUUGGGCCAUGCAGAUACCUCGACAGUGUAAAUGUUUAUUGCCCCUACGAAUCUGACCAGAAAUGACUUUUUGAUUUUGUUGGGUUAGUUAAAUCGCGUAGCCUUGUGGUCCAAAGUAAGAUCAAAGACUAAAACACAUGCUGAAUCUUGAGAGAACCUGGCUUACUAACGUGCCGUGCCUUGGUCUAACCCCAACAUGAUGUCUGUAGAGCUGGAGAAGCAGUGUGGAGCCAUGCAAAGCGGGCUUCUUCUGAACCCAAGUGGUUCUCUGUUGGUGAUGUCAGCCGGUAGGGAGGGAAGCACAAGCCGGUGUUGUUUUCCCUCCAGUGUGGCUUGUGUCCGACGUCCUCCCCAGGACAGCUUAGGGCCCCUCUGCAGGAGGGCACUGCUCUCAACACUGUGAUCUGACCUGCAUCCACUCUGGAAAACAAACUGAAUGUGCAAAUCCCAGCGCUGGCGCCGAAGCCGCCUCCAUUGUUCACCGGCUCAGCUCGCGUCGGCCGAAACCGAAGGUGGAACACUGAUGAAUGUUGAACUCAUGCCUUUUUAGGUUUCUCAUUUCCUGGCUAUUUUUAUCAUAACUGUUUGAUUUAAAUUUCUUACACGCUAACUUCAUUUGUGCAAUUGAAAUAAAGUUGCGGUAUAUACACACUG